AUGGUGAGUCAGUUCAUGGUGACGAGAUUGGGGCUGCCCGAGUUGAAUCACCCCAAACCAUAUCGUUUGCAAUGGCUGAAUGCGCCCGGCGUCGUCGAGGUCACCAAGCAAGUGAAAGUGUCUUUUAGCUUGGGGAGGUAUGAAGACGAGGUUUUGUGCGAUGUUGUUCCCAUGCAGGCGACCCAUAUUUUGUUGGGUAGACCGUGGCAGUUUGAUAGACAAGCUACUCAGGAUGGAGUCACCAAUAAGUACUCCUUCGCGUAUAAGCAAAAGAAGUUGGCACUUGUUUCCCUUAGUCCUCAACAAAUUUAUGAGGAUCACGUGAAACUGCAGCAACUGCACAUGGAGGCGGAUGAGGAGAUGUCUAGGGAGCAGCCGGUAGAGAAAAAGGAGAUGCAGGUUGAAGUGGAGAUUGAUAGAGAGGUUGUUACUCUCCAAGGUGAGGAGACCGAUUCCGAUAGGCCACAAUUGGAGGAGACCGAUGAAGCAAAGGCUUUGACGCAAGCUAAGGGCGUUGAAAAGGAGCAGCCCAUAGAUAAAAAGGAGAUUGGGUUUAUGCAGAAGUCAUUUCUUGCAAGGGCUUGUGAUUGGAUGUGGGCCGUGAAUGAGGAGAGGCUGAUCAUUGUGUUGCGGUUCAAGCAGUGGCUGAAUGAGACAGGCGUCAUCAAAGUGACGAAGCAAGUGAAGGUUCCGUUUCGCAUUGGGAAGUAUGAGGAUGAGGUUGUGUGUGAUGUGAUCCCUAUGCAAGCGAGCCACAUCCUGUUGGGGCGACCGUGGCAGUUUGAUCGCCGUGUUAUUCAUGAUGGCUUCACCAACAAAUAUUCAUUUGAAUACAAGCAGAAAAAGGUGUCGCUUGUUCCUCUUACUCCUAAACAAGUUUAUGAGGAUCAAGUGCAAUUGCAAAAGGAGGCGGACAAGGUGAAGUCAAAGGAGCAGCCCGUGGAGAAGAAGGAGAAUGGGUUGAUUCAUAAGUCAUUUCUUGCUCGGGCUAGUGAUUUGAAGUGGUGUGUACAGGAGGAGAGGCCGAUCAUGCUGUUGCGAUAUCAGGAGAACUUGGUUAUUACUAACGAUCUCUCUUCUCUACCCCCUUCUAUUCGUUCUGUUUUGCAGGAGUUUGAUGAUGUUUUUCCCGACGAUACACCUGCCGGUUUACCACCAAUUCGAGGGAUUGAGCAUCAGAUUGACUUUGUGCCCAGCGCUACACUGCCGAACCGACCAGCUUACCGAACCAAUCCGGAGGAGACAAAGGAGUUGGAGAGGCAAAUUGGCGAGUUAUUGGCCAAAGGGCAUGUGAGGGAGAGUUUGAGUCCUUGUGCGGUACCCGUUCUACUUGUACCAAAGAAGGACUCGUCUUUGAGGAUGUGCUGUGAUUGCCGAGCCAUCAAUAACAUCACGGUAAAGUAUCGCCAUCCUAUCCCUCGUUUAGAUGAUAUGCUAGAUGAGUUGCAUGGUUCUUGUGUCUUUUCUAAGAUCGAUUUGCGUAGUGGAUACCAUCAGAUUAGGAUUAAGGAAGGUGAUGAAUGGAAAACUGCUUUUAAGACAAAACUUGGUUUGUAUGAGUGGUUAGUUAUGCCUUUUGGUUUGACUAAUGCGCCUAGUACGUUCAUGCGUCUUAUGAAUCAUGUUUUGCGUGCUUUCAUUGGCAGAUUUGUUGUUGUCUACUUUGAUGAUAUCCUCAUUUAUAGCCAGAAUCAUGAUGAGCAUGUUGAACAUUUG